UAACAUUAAGCAAUCAAUACAAUAAUAACUAAAGAAAUUUUUAGGAAAUUUAACAGAAAAUUUAAAUUAAUCAUGAUUCUCGACUCGGGAAUAUCGAGUUCAGACACAAAAAUUAAAGAUGAUCAUGAAAUAAGAAAUUCCAAGAUCAAGAUGCUAUAUUUAGGCAUAAUGUAUUUUGCUACCAAUUGUUUAAGCUCGAUCGCUCUGGAAGCUGGUUCUCGCAGUUUAUUUCGCUCUAUUUCAACAAAACCUGCGGUUUUUAAUAAUAUAUUCCGCCGAAAUUACAAUUUGAGGGUUAAGAUAAUGAUAGGAGACCUGCUUGCAGCAUUGAUAUCUACAACAAUGCUAACAAUUGGCGACAUAUAUGGAAUUCCAUAUCUUUAUUUGCCAUGGCUUGUCAAUACUAUUGAAGGGAUGAUUUUUCACGAAGGGCCAGCUAUUUUUGGAUUGGCAUACACUGUGUUACCCAAUGCAAACUUGCCUACGGGAUUAUUUAUGUUUAUAACACUACUUUUGUAUGUGGAAGAGCUGUGCAUCUGGAAAGACGUUCUCAUGAAUUUCAAACGCUGCUGGACAAGAUAUAAUAAAAAUAACAAAUUGAAGGAGGAUACAAAAUCGAUAAUGAUAGCAAAUAAAGAAUUAUGCAACAAAGCUAAAGAAAGUCUUAAUGAAAAUAUAGUUUCGCCAAAAUCAACGACAAAUCAACAAAAUUCUACAACUCAUUUCCAUGUACCUAAUAUUGAUGAUAUUAAGCCUAUUGAAAAAACUAUAGAAAACAAUACAUCGAUUAAAAAUCGUCGUAGCAAAAGUCUGUUUACGGAAGUGACUGGUUAGAUUGAAACUCAUUUAAAUAAA